AUGGUAAUCCGGGUCGUCGCGGUGUCUGUCACGGUUAGGGUGGAUGUGGACGUCACUGGCACAGUGACUGUGGUCGAGAAGCUCACAGUGGCGGUUGUGGUUUGCGUUGGAAGCGUUACAGUAGUGAUUGCGGUGCUUGAUACCGUAGCCGUAGACGUUGGUAAAGUUGCCGUUAGCGGUAUGGUGGACGUGAUGAGUGACAGAGUUAGCUGGGUAUUCGGCGAUAGGGAAACGGUCUCGGUUACGCUAACUACUGCACAACCGGGCACGGUCACCUGCUUGCGAACGGUAACACAACCCACCGUUACGGAAACGGUUCCGGUAACAAACUUUGCCACCAUCACUAAUACCGCAAGUACGUACACCAUCAUCACGCCGACCCCGGUACAGCUUACCGAAAUGUCUACCAUAACGCUUUCGACUACGAUCUCCACCAUUACACCGAGCACAACCAUUACCAGCAUCACUACGAAUACGGUCACUUCCACACCACCGCUAGUGCCGACUACGAUUAGCACCACCGGCAUCAUACUUGUCUCGUCGACAGUCGUUAUGCGUCAACUGUUACCCAUUCUCUGUCUGGUGGCUUUAUGUCACGCAGAAAUUCCAGUCUUCGAAAUUGGCUCGUUCCCUGCCGACACCGAUACAAAGGCUGCGCCGAGUCAAAAGCAGGACCAAUUUGGAGGAUAUGUCGUAGAGAAGCCCACGGAACAGCUCCCGGAACCGUCCAACCAAUGUCAAGGUGGUCCGGACGAGUGUGGUUACAACUACGAACCGCCCAAGUGUCCAUGGGAAGAUGGCCAAGCGCAAACAACCACCGAAACGACGACCGAGUUCCGUACGGAAACGCGCGUACAGACAGAGACGGCCACAGUAACUGAAACCAUUCCGACAACUAUCACGACUACACUGACCAGUGCCACUCCGUUCUGUGGAGCUACCAAUACUUAUCUGCCACCGGAUACGACGACUACUUUACCACCGGAAACUAAUACGGUCACCGUAACGCAGCCACCUGUGACAACAACUAAAACAUUGCCACCGACAACGACCACGAUUACCUCACGGGGAACUCCGUUUACGACGGAGCGUACGAUCACGCCGACAACCACGAUCGUUAUCAGCAAAACGCCUUUCGUGACCGCUACACGUACGGUAACGCCUACCUCGACAAACAUUAUCACUGCCAGCAGUGUUUCGAUUACGCGCACGAUCACACCGACAUCGACGUUCAUCUCGUACAUGCCGUCUACGACGAUCACCCGUACGGUAACGCCUACGUCGACUAAUGUGUACUACGCCGACUCGGUCACCGUCAACCGUACAGUGACACCGACGUCUACUAACGUCUUCUAUCUACCCUCGACAACGGUCAACCGCACCGUAACGCCUACCUCCACGAAUGUGUUCUACGCCAACUCGGUCACCGUUAACCGCACCGUAACGCCUACCAGUACCAAUGUGUUCUAUCUGCCAUCGACUACGGUCAAUCGUACUGUAACACCUACCUCAACCAAUGUGUUCUACGUUGCCUCGGUAACGGUAAACCGUACCGUAACGCCUACCUCUACUAGACUCUUCUAUCUCGACUCGGUCACUGUGGAUAGGACCGUCGUUCCGACGUCGACCGUUGUCAUUACCCUGGACACGACACGUACCCAGACGCGCACGGUAACACCGACGUACGUUGUGCAGCAAACGGCCGAUACGGCUACCGUUACUAGAACUCUUACUCCAUCGUUCGUCGUUACGGAAAGCGUGCCAACGGUAACGCUUACACGCACAUUCACUCCAUCCAGUGUUUUAACGACGACGGCCGCUACAACGAACGUAAUCACACGCACCGUUACACCGCAAGCAACAAGCACCACCACUGUUACGGCCCCUGUUCGUACCAUCACUCAGACAGCGUCCACUACCGUCACCGUUACGCCUAAGCUUUCGGUAACACCUACCAUCUACUCAACCGUUACAUUGCCACCCGUCAUCAAGACCGUUUGUGAACCGGCCCGAACCUAUCUGCCCGAUCCGGGUGUAACGACCAUCACCCGCACACAGACGGAAACCAAAACGGAAGUAUCGACAACCACCGUAAUCGCCUGCACGCCUACCAACGCAUACCUGCCGGUAAAGGAAACCGUAGCCGCCAAUCAGCUAUCACCUGCCUUUGCCCGCGUACCGAAUCUACACCGUGAAGUACUGCCGCCCCAGGACGAUGAACGUCAAAAUAAGAUCUGGAACGCUUAA